UUUUCACAUUAUAGAAGAUAUUUAUGAACUUCCAAUCUCUAAUCCACUAUAUAAAUUCUGUUAGCUUUCUUUAUCCAUCACCACCACAUACAAAUCUUGAAACAUGAAGACUACUACUAAAAACUACUUCAAAUCACUUUGUUUUCUCUUGUUUCUCAUUAAUGUCUGUUUGGGUGCUGAGAAUCUCAAUGCUAAGUGCAUAGACACAGAGAGAGAAGCACUUCUUGUCUUCAAAAAAACCCUAACUGAUCCUUCAGGUAGGCUGUCUUCUUGGGAAGGUAAAGACUGCUGCAACUGGAGUGGAAUCAAAUGCAACAAUCGAACCAGUCAUGUCAUCAAGCUCAACCUUAGAAAUCCUUACACUGGUGGAUUUGGUGAUCUGUCAGCUUAUGAAAACUCCUGUUUAGGUGGUAAGAUCAGUCCUUCUUUAGCUAGUUUAAGCUACUUAAAGUACUUGGAUUUAAGCUUGAAUGAUUUUAAAGGUGCUCAAAUUCCUGAAUUUCUUGGUGGGUUUCGUAAUUUGGUUUAUCUUAACCUGUCUUUCUCAUCUUUCUCUGGAAUUAUCCCAUCUCAGCUUGGAAAUCUUUCGAAUUUGCGCUAUCUCGAUCUCUUUGCAGAUUCGUUUAGUGUUUCAGGAUCUUCUUCGGAGCUGAGAGCAGAUAAUCUGCAUUGGCUUUCAAGUCUUUCUUCUUUGAAAUACCUGAACAUGGGGUACGUUAAGCUUAAUAAUGUAAGCCAAGACUGGCUGCAGUAUUUUAACAAGCUUUCUUCUCUUGUAGAGUUAAGAUUACAAUUCUGUGACCUGAAAAGUAUUCCACAAACAUUUCCUUCCAUUGGUUUCACUUCGCUUUCGGUUCUUGAUUUGUCUGAUAAUUCUUUCAAUUCCGCAAUUCCGCAAUGGUUGUUCAGUCUUACAAGUCUUAAAGAGCUUUAUCUUGUUUGGAACUUUUUCAGUGGUCCUGUUCCUGAUGAGUUUUCAAAGCUGAAAUCUCUUGAAAUACUUGAUUUGUCUAAUAAUAUUGAUUUUGGUGGUAAAAUUUCUGGAGUUUUUGGAAGUCUUGAUAAGCUUAGGAUUUUAGAUCUUUCUGCUAAUGGUUUAACUGGGGAUUUACAUGAGUUCUUGGGUGGUUUUUCUGAUAAUAACAACUUACUCUCGCUGCGUUUAGGUUCUAAUUCUUUGUCAGGGGAAGUUCCUGAAUCAUUAGGAGUGCUUAGAAAUUUGAAAAAUCUUGAACUCUCUAGUAAUUCUUUCUUUGGUUCUAUACCAAAAUCUAUCGGAAAAUUGUCAGCCUUACAAAAAUUGGAUUUGUCUUAUAACAAAAUGAAUGGGAGAAUUCCUGAGAGUUUUGGCCAACUCUCAAACCUUGUAGAUCUAAAUCUGAUAGAAAAUUCCUGGACAGGAACUUUAGUAGAAUCUCAUUUGGUGAAUCUGAAAAGUCUUGAAAAUAUCCAAAUCACAACAGAUUCGCCAAGAUACCUGAUUUUCGAUGUAUCGAAGAAUUGGGUUCCUCCUUUCAGGCUCAAAUCCAUCAAUCUUGAGAACUGCAGAGUAGGUCCUGCCUUUCCAAUGUGGCUACAAGUCCAGAGUGAACUUACCUCUGUCCGCUUAAUAAAUGUCGGAAUUUCGGAUACGAUACCAGAGGAAUGGUUCUCAAAACUGUCUGCUCAAAUCACUUAUUUGGUUCUCUCAAAUAACCAAAUCAAGGGGAAAUUGCCAAAUCAAUUAGUAUCUCCCAAUUUGAGAUUUAUUGAUUUGAGUUCUAAUCACUUUAAUGGUCCUAUACCACAUUGGUCUACAAAUGCAAGUACUGUUUAUCUUCAGGAUAACUCGUUUUCUGGACCGGUACCUGAAAACAUAGGAACCCUAAUGCCUGACCUUCAGAUUUUACAUCUUUCUUCAAAUCGUCUUAGCGGUACAAUUCCAUCAUCAUUCUGCGAUAUAGAAAGCCUGCAAAUUCUUUCACUUAAGAGCAAUCACUUUUCAGGACAGCUUCCCAAUUGUUGGCAUCAUUCGUUCAUGUUUUGGGCUAUUGAUGUUUCAAAUAACAAUUUAACAGGAAAAAUUCCAACUUCAUUUGGUUUGUUACCUUCCCUUAGCGUUCUGCUAUUGAGCAAUAAUCAUUUUGAUGGAGAGAUUCCGUCUUCCUUGAGAAAUUGCUCGGGACUCACGAGCAUCGAUCUUCGAGGCAACAAGCUAUCCGGAAACUUGCCUUCAUGGAUAGGUGAAAGAUUCCAAUCCUUAUUCAUGUUACAGCUUCAUUCAAACUUGCUAACCGGUCCGAUCCCGGAACAAUUAUGCAAUCCAGAGAAUCUGCAUAUCUUAGACCUUUCAGAAAAUAAAUUUUCAGGAGCUAUUCCGAAAUGUAUUGGCAAUCUGACAAGCUUGGCUAGCAGUAAUCGAAACAGUGAGCCAUUCCUGCGGUUAUUGAUAAUUGCAAUGAAAGGGAGAACUGCUGAGUAUAACAAAACUGUUUCAGACAUAUAUGGAAUUAACCUGUCAGGAAAUAAUCUGACAGGAGGAAUUCCCGACGACGUAACAAAGCUGACAGGAUUACGAAGCUUGAACCUGUCGAGAAAUCAGCUAAGCGGAAAGAUUACUGAGAAGAUUGGAGAGCUUAAGAAAUUGGAAAUACUUGAUCUGUCACAGAAUCAUUUUUCAGGGUCAAUUCCUGAAACCUUGGCUUCUUUGAACUACCUGGUGGAGUUGAACUUAUCAUACAAUAACCUGGAAGGCAAAAUUCCUGAAGGGCUGCAGAAAUUCAAUGACCAGGCAGUUUUUAUAGGUAAUCCAUCACUAUGUGGAGCUCCACUUCCAAGGAAAUGCCCAUAAAAUGAGGAAAUGCAAAUUCAAGAAUGUGAAAAGGGAACAUAUAGCACAGAUGAAUAGGGCUUGCAAGGUACCAGUUAAGUGGCUUUGAAGCCCAAUUGUAUAAAUAAGUGCAUCAAUAAAGAGAUAAUUACACCAAA